GAUUUGGACGCGAGAAGAGUACGAUUCAUUCGUGGUUUGUAGAUAAGCGAGCUGCACGAAUCCAACAUGGCAGAACAGGAACGCAAACAAACAGACUUGGAUAAAGGAAUUGUGAUCCCAGAUGACUCGCUCGGAUACCCACUGGACCUGUUCACCUUUCCCGAGCAUUACUCCGAGGAUCUGGAGUGUGUCUACAUCCCACAUGGAGUUAUUAUGGACAGGAUAGAGAGACUGGCCAGAAAUAUCAUGGAUGAUCUUGGCGAUCAUGAUAUUGUGGUGCUGUGUGUGCUGAAGGGAGGUUAUCAGUUUUGCGCUGACCUGGUGGACUGCAUUAAAGUCCUGUGCCGAAACUCCAACAAGACCCUUCCCAUGAGGGUGGACUUCAUCCGGCUCAAGAGCUACCUGAAUGACCAGUCAACUCAAGAUCUUCACAUAGAGGGAGCGGAGAACCUGUCUGUACUGAGUGGGAAGAAUGUCCUGAUUGUAGAGGCCAUCGUGGACACUGGAAAGACCAUGAAGACUCUGCUGGAUCACGUUGAAGCCUUAAAGCCCAAGAUGAUCAAAGUAGCUGGAUUGCUGGUGAAACGGGUGUCCAGUGGGACAGGAUAUCUUCCAGACUAUGUUGGAUUUGAGAUUCCCAAUCGUUUUGUGGUCGGCUAUGCCUUGGAUUACAACGAAUACUUCCGAGAUCUCAAUCACAUCUGUGUGAUCAGUGACAGAGGGAAACAGAAAUACAAGAUCUGAAGAAGAUGAUCUCAUUCGUACAUGAGUAUCUAAAGGCUGACUAGAGGAUGGAAGAUGGAAGAUCUCCUGUUCUCCUGCUUGCGUUCAAUAUGGACUGGAUUCACUGAUUAGAAAUGGAGUACUGGGUUACAACUUACUGAAUACCGCACAAAUACCCUAUGCAUACUGCAGAAACAGCAUAUUAACAUACUAGUCUCACUGUCAGUAUGCUAUUUAGUCUUUAAAGGGUUGUCUGAACAAAUGUUUUAUAGGUUUAGAAUGACGUGAGGGUGAGUAAAUGAUGAUUUUUGUGUGAACUGUCCCUUUAAGACUAAGCAUGUCUCAUUUUACCAAGUGGCCUUCAUAAAAGGCUUUUAUUACAAUGCGAAUAUGAAUUGUGUUCCAUUCAAUAAUGGAAGCUGUUUACUUACACUGUUAAUUAAAAAUACACUAAUCAUUCACCAGCAGAAGCUUAUAUGUGAACUACAGCUUGGCCAACUGUUGUGAAAGUUUACAUUUAUGUGAAUUUUUAUACUUUUUAUAACAUUUCCAUGUAACAACAUUAAAAUUUUAUGCAUUUG